UGUUGUUUUUUUUUUAAAAGAGAAGCAUGGGGAGUUGUUAGGUGGAAAAUGGAUCCUUUAUUUCAUGUCCUGAUUUUCACCUGCCUGGCCUUCAAGCUCUCAGAAGGGUUUCUGAUUAUCCAUGUCCAGAAACGGCAAUGUCUUGUUGGAGACAAAACAGCAAUUGUGGGCAAGUGCAAUCUGACUGAUCCAAACCAGCAGUGGAGGUGGACAGAGGAUGAGAAGCUGCUCCAUGUUAGAUCUGGCCAGUGUUUGGGCAUCUCCAAGUCCUCUGCUGCAUCAUCCCGCAGCAUCUUCAUAGACUGCCCUCGGGCACCCAGCUGGAUCUUCCACAACACAGAAGGGCUCCUCCAGGUGGCAAACACCUCUCUCUUUCUCACAAAACAAGGCCCGAGGGUAAUGAUCAAGAUGGGUAGGAAAUACCCCCAUAGCUGGAAGCAAAUAGAUGUCGAUGACAAGGGAAAAACUGCCUAUGAAAAUCUGUGCCCACACAAAGAUCUGCACUGGAUUUUCUGCAUCUUGGAGAACAGUAGAAGUACCUCCUCUCCCUUUAAUGCUAUUACAUCUAGUCCUGGGAAUUUCCAUAGGAGUAGCACAGAGAUCUUCAUCAGAAACAUUACAGAAAACUACAAUAAAAACACUAAUGAAAAACUCUAUCUGACCCUGAAGUUGUCUGCAGUAACAGAGAAAUCCUGGAUUCCAGCAACUCCCUAUCAAUACUUCAGUACCACAGAAGAGAAGGGCCAUGGGGAGCCUGUGAAAUGCGCCAUCAACCUGACGGAGUGGAGGGUCUCCAGCCGGUCUGUCUAUCUCAGAUGGAGCAGUUUGGGGAAUCUCUGCAACUUCACCCUGACGUGCAGCUCUGACAACGCCUCGCACACGGAGUGUCAUCCCGUCCAGAAGACUAACGAGUCCUACGAAUGCAGCUACAAUGGCUUAGAAGCAGGGACUUUGUAUCAUCUCAGGAUUUUCUCUCUCUCGGACACAGAAACGAGGAACAUCUCCUUGCAAACAGAUCCCUUACCACCAGCUAAAUUUGAAAUUAAUAAGGAAAAAACUACUUCCACAAGCUUGCAGGUCUCGUGGAGUCCAUCCUCAGGAAAGGUGGACUGGUAUGAGCUACAAUUAUCUGAUCAUAAUAAUAAAAAGAUACAGAAUGUCUCAAUACAAGGAGGUAUUUCAAGAAGAGAAGAGACCUUUUCCAGUCUAACCCCUGGGAGCAAAUACAAUGUUAUCAUUACUGCAGUUGCCGGAAAUAAAAGCACCCCAGCAAUUCACAUCAGCGGAUCUACUGUGCCAUCCCCAGUGCAAAACAUUCAGAUCAGUGUCAAGACAGACACUAUCCACGUUUCAUGGCUACCUGGCUCUGGUUAUGUGGAUCGAUACAGGCUGCUAUUACUGGAUAAAGAAGGACCAGUUCGUGAGAUCAACCAUGAGGAACGCUUACUCUCCUACACUUUUCUUGGACUUACAGCAGGUCACCUGUAUAAUCUCACUAUCAUAGCUGAAGCUGCAGGACUAGAGAGCUACAACUUUAAACUGGUUAGGACAGCCCCAGCAGAAGUCUCAGCUUUGAUGGUGACGAAUGAUGGCAGCUUGGAUACAUUAAAAGUUACAUGGAAAAGACCUCUAGGAAACCUAGAUUUCUACAAUAUCACUCUGUCUCAUCUUGGAUCCAUUAAAGAAAUCAAAACUUUACAGCCCCAGGUCACAGAGGCUCAGUUUGACAAGUUGAUUCCAGGAAGUCUUUAUCAGGUCACUGUCAGCACAAUCAGUGGUGAAUUAUUCACUGAUAAGAUGGCAACUGGCAGGACAGUUCCUCAGAAAGUUUCAGAGCUGAAAGCUAGCAGUGGUGGUUUGCUGAGGUCUCUGACAGUGAGCUGGCUGCCCCCUGCUGGAGACUGGGAGAGAUACUACAUUAUGUUGUUCAACCUCUCCACUGUGCUGCUGAACACUACAUUAAAGAAAGACAGAAGAGAAUAUGUCAUCCAGGAUAUACGACUCAUCCCAGGAAGACAAUAUGAGGUGGCAGUCAUAGUGGAGAGUGGAGGCUUACAGAACACUGCUCGCUGCAAAGGCAGAACAGCUCCACAGCCUGUUCUUCAGCUCCGGGUAAAGCAUGCUAAUGAAUCUUCACUUAGUGUCAUGUGGAUGACCCCUGUUGCAGAAUGGGACAGUUAUGUGGUUUCACUGGGAGACAGGGAUCUUACCGUCAUAAACAAGGCUCUUGUGAAAGAAGCUAAAGAAUACACUUUCAGUGGUCUGGUACCUGGACGGAAAUACACAGCUACAGUCACUAGCAUUAGUGGGGAUUUAAGCAACUGGACUUCAGUAGAGGGAAGAACAGUGCCAGCUCAGGUGACUAGCCUGCAUGUGACAAACCAGGGGGCAACCAACAGUUUGUUCACCAACUGGACAAGGGCGCUGGGAGAUGUAGAGUCGUACCAAGUGCUGCUGAUUCACGAAAAUGUUGUCAUUAAAAAUGAGAGUGUUUCCAGUGAGACCAGUAGAUACCACUUCCACUUCCUGAAAGCCGGAGGACUCUAUUCCGUGGUCGUUACCACAGUUAGUGGAGGGAUAUCGUCCAGACAGACGAUUGCAGAAGGGAGGACAGUUCCUUCCAGUGUGAGCGGAGUAACAGUGAAUAAUUCGGGACGGAGCGACUACCUCAGUGUUUCCUGGCUACCAGCAACUGGAGAUGUGGAUAGUUAUUUGGUAACACUUUCUCAUGACAGCCAGACGGUUCAGACUCUAACCAUUUCCAGAGCCCUCAGUGAAUGUUCUUUCAGCAGCCUGGUUCCCGGCAGGCUCUACAAUGUGACAAUAAUCACAAAGUGUGGGAAGUAUGAAAAUCAUUCCUUCAGCUGGGAACGAACAGUACCUUCAAGCGUGCAGGGACUUACUGUCAGCAAUUCAGCAAGAAGUGACUAUUUAAAGGUGUCCUGGUUACAUGCCACUGGAGAUUUUGACAAUUAUGAAGUGAUCAUCAAGAACAACAAUGACUUCAACCAAACAAAAAGUGUCCCCAAGGAUGAAAAUGAAUGUGUGUUCACUAAACUGGUCCCGGGGAGGCAAUACAGCGUAACUGUUAGCACACGGAGUGGAAAAUAUGAGACUAGUAAAAGGGUCAAUGGCAGAACAAUGCCGGAGUCAGUGAAGGAACUGACUCUUAGUAACAGAAGCACUGAAGACCUGCAAGUUACCUGGUCAAAGGCUGAGGGGGAUGUCGAUCAGUAUGAGAUUCAGUUACUUUUCAAUGAUAUGAAGGUCUUUCCACCCAUUUUCCUUGGAAACACCAUUGAGGAGUAUAGGUUCACAGCUUUAACCCCAGGGCGCCUGUACAAAAUUCUUGUCUUGACAAUCAGUGGAGACACACAACGUGCCACUUUCAUAGAAGGACUGACAGCUCCAAGUGCUGUCAAAAACAUUCACGUUUCAGCCAAUGGGAUGACAAACAGCCUGAGAGUGAACUGGACUCCUGGAGGAGGAGAUGUUGAUUCCUACACAGUGACACUAUUCCAUCAGAACUAUCAGCUUGAUUCCCAGACUGUCUCCAAGCCUGUCUAUGAGCAUACCUUCAGCAAGUUAGAAGCAGGGGAGCAGUACCGGGUUGUGGUACAGUCUAACAGCGGCACCCUGCACAACAGUUUAACGGCUCUCGGACGUACAAUUCCUUCCUCUGUCCAGGGUUUAUUUGCAGAUCAUGCCUACAGCAGUCAUUCCUUGUUAGUGACCUGGCACAGUGGUCCUGGAGUGGCUGAGAGAUAUGACAUCCUGCUUUUGACUGAGCAAGGUAUCCUUCUGAGCAAUAAAUCAGAGCCAGCAACUGCUAAACAGCACAAAUUUGAAGAUUUAAUACCAGGCAAGAAGUAUAAAGUGCAAAUGUUGACAGUCAGCGGUGGGCUCUUCAGCAGCCGAGCAGAAACCGAAGGCCGAACAGUCCCAGCUGCUGUCACAAAUCUGAAGGUCACAGAAAACACCAAUGGACGCCUGUCAUUCAGCUGGACUACCUCCCAGGGAGAACUGGACUCCUAUAAUAUCUUUCUGUACAAUCCAGACAAAUCCCUCCAGGACAGAAUUUCAGGAGACCAGAACCUUCAGCAGUGUUCUUUCCAGAACUUGCGGCAAGGCAGGAUGUAUAAAAUGGUGAUUGUUACCCACAGUGGAGAGCUCACAAAUGAGUCAUCCGUAUUUGGAAGAACAGUUCCAGCCCCAGUUAUUAAUCUCAACAGCUCCAACAGAAACAUGACAGGCAGUCUGUGGUUCACCUGGGGACCAGCAUCAGGAGAUGUAGACUAUUAUGAACUGAAUCUUUAUAACCCAAAUGGCACACAGAAGGAAACAAGGCAUGGGAAAGACCUGAGAGAGUGGCAUUUCCUGGGCCUAGUUCCUGGCAGAAAGUAUACCCUGGUUGUAGUGACCCACAGCGGUGACCUGACCAAUACAGCAAAGACUGAGGGAAGAACAGCACCCAGUCCUCCUAGUGCUGUAUCAUUUGCCGAUGUUGCAAACACCUCCCUGUCAAUCACCUGGCUGGGUCCCCCAGACUGGACGGAUUAUGAUGACUUUGAGUUGCAAUGGUUCCCGAGAGAUCCCCUUACAGUCUUCAACCCGUACAGCAACAGCAGAUCAAAGGGACGCAUCAUGUAUGGCCUUCGACCGGGACGGCUCUAUAAUUUCAGUGUCAGGAGCGUCAGCGGCAACACCUGGAAGACAUACAGUCAAUCACUGUCUGGAACUGUGAGAACAAGACCAGACAGAAUACAAAACCUUCACUGCCGGCCACAAAACUCUACUGCCAUUGCAUGUUCCUGGACCCCGCCUGACUCUGACUUCGAUGGAUAUAGUAUUGAAUGCAAAAAAAUGGACACUGGAGAAGUUGAGUUUUCCAAAAGGAUCGAGAAAGAAAAAUCUUUGCAAAACAUCAUGAUGCUAGUACCCCACAAGAGAUACUUGGUGUCCAUCAAAGUGCAGUCUUCAGACAUGACUAGUGAGGUAGUUGAAGACAGCACCAUCACUAUGAUAGACCGCCCCCCUCCUCCACUUCCCCACAUCCGAGUAAACAAAAAGGAUGCACUCAUUACCAAAUCUUCCAUCAACUUUACUUUCAACUGCAGCUGGUUCAGUGACACCAACGGAGCUGUGAAAUACUUUACUGUCGUUGUGAGAGAGGCUGAUGGCAGUGAAGAGCUGAAGCCAGAUCAGCAGCACCCGUUACCUUCCUACUUGGAAUACAAACAUAACAAUUCCAUACGUGUCUAUCAGACCAACUAUUUUGCAAGCAAAUGUGCUGAAAACCUUGACAGCAACUAUAAGAGCUUUGACAUUAAGCUUGGAGCUGAGAUGGAAAGUCUGGGAGGAAAAUGUGAUCCCAAUCAGCAGAAAUUCUGUGACGGGCCACUGAAACCCAGGACUGCCUACAGAAUCAGUAUCCGAGCUUUCACCCAGCUCUUUAGUGAAGACCUGAGGGAAUUCACUGAGCCACUCUUCUCAGAUACCUUUUUCUCUUUACCAAUCACUACUGAGUCAGAACCCAUGUUUGGAGUUAUAGAAGGCGUGAGUGCUGGUUUGUUUCUCAUUCUGAUGGUGGUGGCUGUCACUGCUUUAUUUGUCUACAGACAAAAAGUUAGUAAUGGCCAAGAGCGACCUACAGCAAGGCUGAGCAUUCGCAGGGACAGGCCGUUGUCCGUCCAUCUGAACUUGGGGCAGAGAGGGAGCCGGAGAAUUUCCAGUCCAAUAAAAGUAAAUCAGUUUGAAGCGCACUUCACCAAACUCCAAGCAGAUUCCAACUACCUCCUGUCCAAGGAAUAUGAGGACUUAAAAGAUGUGGGUCGAAGCCAAUUAUGUGACAUAGCGCUUUUGCCAGAGAACAGAGGGAAAAAUCGAUACAAUAAUAUAUUGCCCUAUGAUACAUCGAGAGUGAAGCUUUCCAACGUAGAUGAUGAUCCUUGCUCAGAUUAUAUUAAUGCAAGCUACAUACCAGGCAAUAAUUUUCGCAGAGAAUACAUUGCGACUCAGGGCCCUUUGCCUGGCACCAAAGAUGAUUUCUGGAAGAUGGCAUGGGAACAGAAUGUUCACAAUAUUGUCAUGGUAACCCAGUGUGUCGAGAAGGGCCGAGUGAAGUGCGAUCAUUACUGGCCCCUGGACCAGGAUUCCUUGUAUUACGGAGACCUGAUAGUUGAGAUGCUGUCUGAGUCAGUGCUUCCGGAAUGGACAAUAAGGGAGUUUAAAAUUUGUAGUGAAGAGCAGCUUGACUCAAAGAGGCUCAUUCGUCACUUUCAUUACACAGUAUGGCCAGACCAUGGAGUUCCAGAGACCACCCAGUCCCUGAUCCAGUUUGUAAGAACUGUAAGGGAUUAUAUCAACAGGACUCCAGAUACUGGACCAACCAUUCUGCAUUGCAGUGCUGGUGUUGGUAGGACAGGCACAUUCAUUGCACUGGAUCGAAUCCUUCAGCAACUAGACUCUAAGGACUCAGUGGAUAUUUAUGGAGCAGUGCAUGAUCUAAGACUUCACAGGGUGCACAUGGUUCAGACAGAGUGUCAGUAUGUCUAUUUACAUCAGUGUGUGAGAGACGUGUUAAGAGCAAGAAAGCUACGCAGUGAACAAGAAAAUCCCUUGUUUCCAAUAUAUGAAAAUGUGAAUCCAGAGUAUCACAGAGAUGCUGUUUAUUCAAGACACUAAGAAUGUAACAGACACCUGCUUUUGUGAUCAGAUCUGUUAACUUUGUGUGAGUGAGUGAGUGAGUGUGUGUGUGUGUUUCAUGCACUAGAGCAGUGCCAGACAUUUCUAUUGAUGCUGUGUAUAAUUUAUUGGUCUGGUGACUUUUUUAAAGAUAUAUAAUUUAAGUGUAAUAGAUAUUAUUGUAUAUAAUUGUAUUUUGGUGUUAUGUAAAGAUGUAUUUUUUCUAUAAUGUUUAUAUUAAUAUUAAGCUUCAGAUAAUACUAUUUUUCCAUACUAAAGUUUUUAGGAACUUUUUUACAUAAACUAUUUUAAACUGUGUGUCAGAAAGAACUGCUGAGUUUGGAGUAGGUUAUGUAUUGGCACUUAAUAUACAAGAAAAAUCUAUUAAGGAUAGCCAGCCUUUUUAGCUGACUCAGUGUUCACAAGAUGAAAUAAGAUACAUGUCAGGUAAAGGAAUUCUAAACUUUAAAUUGAUUGCUGAUUGCUUGUGGAUUUCAUCCAUUCUGAUCAAAUCACAAUGCCAGGGUGCUGCAAUGUACCAUUUACCAAAACCUCAUUAACAUCCAAAUAAAAAACCGUCCACUUCACUAUGAGCAACUGUUUCACUGUAAUCUGAAUGUUAGUGGAAAAAUAUUAACAUAUGUUGCCUUGAAUUUUAAUAGAACUCUUCUUUUACUCUGAUGGGAGGUCUGAUUUUGAUUUGACCUGCACGACUACGUAAAUGAAUGCAGCGAAAGAUAAUAAAUAAACUACACAUGAAUUCACCCUGAUUGACAUGCAGAGACUUACUUCCAUGAGGAUGCAAAACCUGGCAAUUUUUAUCACUCUUUAAAACAAAAGUCUUUAUUAAAAGAGUUUAAAGGCAGGGCUGGAUGACAUCAGUAUAGACCCCCCACAGGAAUAUACAGAUUUACAGAUGCCAAAGAUGGAAACAGUUUGCACAGUAAUAGUGGCAUUUAAGCUGCCAUUGGUCUUUAUUGGAGAUCACUUUUCCCUUGAAGAUACUGUAAUCUGAGCACUAAAGAUGGAAACAGUUUGCACAGUAAUAGUGGCAUUUAAGCUGCCAUUGGUCUUUAUUGGAGAUCACUUUUCCCUUGAAGAUACUGUAAUCUGAGCACUCCUAGCAAUAGCGUUUGUUUCUUUGUGUUUAAAAAAACUCACUUUGAAGUAACAGGAACGGGACAGUUCACUAUUAAAAUAUAAUGAAUACUUUGUUUAAAGAACAAUCCUUUCCAAAGGAGAAAAGAAAGGCUUGGUAGUUCGGCCUGCCUUCCGAUCUCCUCCCACACAGGUUAUCUGGCCUGCCACAAGACAAAAACUUUGAAUAUUUUUGUUGAGAGGAAGGGGCAGAGUUGUUUGGAGGAGAAGUUGUUCAAAUGAGCCUCUGAUGCUGUAAAUUCUCUGUUCUUUAGCAUGUCAGUACCCCCACUCCAGACUGUGUGGCCCAUAAAGUUUAAUACUGUCCCAACCAGCACUUCAGGACAGCCCCAGCUGCGGGGAGAAAACAGCUCCUGUUCCACAGAAUUAAAAUAAAAUCAUGUAUUAGGGUUGAGAAGAAGGAACCUUGCCCCAGGUUCCAAGAAGAGAGGACAUAAGCUUUUUUUGCACCGCUGCAUGCUGAGGCUAGUCCCUCCCUGCUGCGGAAACACCCAUGAAAGUGACAAUAGAAGAGCAGAGGAAAACACCAAGGCUGCCCUUGCAGAAUUUUCCUCAAAUUUUCCACUCAGUGGGGUUGGUGGGUUUGGCCAACACAGAACAAGCAGGGAUUUCUACUCAAAACACUGUAGGUCACCCAAAGUCCCCUAGAUAGACCAUCCCUACAGUCCCUGUGUCUCUCCACUCGCUCUGGAGUCCCCCAGACACCCUUCCUGCAGCUGCUCCAGAGCCCUCCCUUUAUAUGAGGUUUCACAGCUGCUCGAAAGCUUUAGGCUGCUUUAACUGUUUGGAUAAUUUUGUGUGACAAUGACCUUGAUUCCCUGGCCUGUUGGCCCCCCCACCGCACACACACACACGCACUGCAGUGACUGAGGCAUGAGGUUAGUUCCCAUCAGUACAACUGCAUGUUGAAGGAAUGUCAAAUGCACCAUAUAAAUUAUUCCUCCCUAGCUAGUACCAUGACAUUUUUUUCUGCUAACGAAAUGAAACCUGUUCAAUAAUGUGCGCUUGGAGGGCACGAGUCCAUGCCUGUAAAUGGUGUAUAGAUGUAGUUCAUCAUUUUCAAAAGCCUACAAAGCAUAGUCUGCUUUUUAUUUUAAAAGGUGUUUUCCUGCCUCUAUGGCUUUAAAGUGCACAAAUCAGCAGCCAAAACAUGAUGCCCUAGCCAAAGUCUGUUUUCAUCAUUUCUUUACGCUAACAGUGCCUGUGGGUCAUGAACUUUUUCCUCCCUGUCAUUUACUAAAAUGAUGAGCAGCCCUAAACACUCGCGUACUGUGCUCUUGAACAGCUUCACGUUUCUCCCUAGAUAUCUGACAGUGCACACACACACACACACACACACACACACACACAGUAUGACAGGUUCUGCGUGCUAGCUAAUCAGCUGACAUAUUCAUAUGGAGCCAGUAUAAUUAUACUGAGAACAAAUAAAUGUCAGAAGCUCUGUGAUAUUUUUGGUGCAAGCCACCAGUUAGUAUAAUUAAUUAUAUUUAUUGUGCCUUGACAUAGAAAGCCAGAACCAAUAGGGAACUCUUAGAGCAAACAGGCUGGACUAUAUUGAAGAAGGAUAGCUGUUAAGGAACAUAAUCCUCAACUGAAGAUUUUUAUAUACUGUAAAGCUAAGAAUCCCCUUCCUGAUGUUUUCCAAUUGUAAGGUUAAAAAGCAACACUCAAUGUUGUUUUCCCUUGAGCUAGGAUUUGCACACUUGGGGCUCAGUCUUAUAAAAACACCCCCCCCCUUUUCCUCAUGUGAGGAAAUUAAUAGCAAUGGGACUAUUUACAUGAGCAAUGACACCUACGUACAGCAUCAUUUGCAGGCCUGGGCCCUUAGUUAAUAUUUUUUUUGAUUGAAAAGUAUUUAAUAAAAAGUGUGAUGAAUUGUUUUAGUCUGUGCAAUACCAAUGCAAGGCCUACUACCUAUUUUAGCAAAAACUUUCACAUAACAUAGCUAGAGAUUUAGAGAAGAGGUGGGGUUUUUUUUUAUUACAACUAGGUCAUUCAAAUAAAUGAUUGCAAUAGACACACUGUGAAGCGGUCAUGAAAGUGCAACUUUAUAAAUUGUAUCUGCUGCUAUAGUUAUUUAUAUGGCUUAAAUGUGCUUGAUAAAUGCCUGCCAAAAAAAGUGCUCCUUAUGUAGCGGCUUAAAGAAUUUCCCUUUCGCUGGAGUGCCCAUAAAGACCUAAGAGCAGUUUUGUGUUCAGCUUACACAGUAUGCCAUGGCAUUGAUGCUGUGCCUUGGAAAGCAAAGUGCUGGACCAACAGACAGCAAAGUGAGACCAAGUACAAUGCAAAGUUACUAUUCCUAAACUGGGUGGUAAUGGCCUGAGCGUUAUCACCUGGGAGGGUGAUCUGCAGUGACUGAGCCAAGAGCCAUAGAUUGUAGCUACUCAUGUGUAACACUGAGGUAUGGCCUACAGCAACUGCAUGUCCUUGUACACAAUGCACAAGCCAUAACUAGCAUGGCUCACAAUUGCAUAUAAUUAGUUGCCUGUCUGUCAAUGCUUCAAGGACAUUCAAUUGUGUGAAUAGGCUGAAGCAUAAGAUGAGUCAUUUUGUUGAUGCCUCAGCCUCUACCUUCUGAGUGUUGCAUUCUGGGCCCCAUUGUCCCUGGAGGGGGCAUCUCUGAAUUAAAGAUGAAUUUCCACUAGCAGGCUUCCUGUGGCCUGUUGUCCUGUGACCAUCCCCUUUCUCCCUGGUGUAGUGACACUCCUGUGCCCAAAGUAAAGCAGCUUAUGACUCGCAACCUAGCAGAUCAAUGCAUUAGAUAAGAUUGGUCUUGUUGAACGACUGUAGCAGAAAAUACAUAUGACUAUGGACUAGUGUGAAACUGUGGUAUACAGUAUCAGUAAUGGUGGGUGAGUAAUUUGCAGGUUGGCUUUUUUUUUUUUUUGUUUAAUUUGAAAGCUAAAACCAUACAGUAAGUCAAGUCAAGGAGCUGACUAUAUGGUGUUCUCAAAUAGCACACUACUUUACAUUGCUAAACAAUUUUUUUAAAGCUAUCUAGUCAUAAAUUCUGUGCGUGGGUAAAGUUUCAGAAAAAAAUGGUUGCAGAAAAAUAUUCCAUUUUCAUAUGCUAUAUAAUUAUUCAUAUUUGUGUUUCUAACAAACAAUAGGUGAGCACAGAACUACACUACUAUUGUUUAUUUAAUUUAUGUAUUUGUUACAUAUAGUUUUAUAGUUUUUACUCCAGGCUACAAAGCAAAUAUAUUUGAGUGUAUUUUACACAGCGUUCAUGAAUAAAACAGUUCAUUUAAACUCA